AUGAGCAGCUACGCCAAAUGGUACCGCCCCCACUGCUUAUCAGUUCCCGACUACCUUCACGAGCCCUUCUUCCGCCGCCCUCAGCCCAUCAUCCGAGGCAAAAACGGCACCCCCGUCGCUGCUAGACUCGUUAUCCCACCUGAUAUCGACGCCAUCUCCGGCGCGCUGGUCGAGUACGCCGCCGUUAUUGCCGUCAACCCGCGACCAGACCCGGAGCUCUAG